AUGAAGAAAGACUCUCGAACGAGUCUUAUGUCGAGCCCCGUCCGAUCUUUCUUCGUCUCAAUUCAAGUUCACGCCGCCCGCCAGAGAGGAAAAGUGUUAGACGUCUCCGCCUCGACCUUGCCUCAACCUCCGUCAGGACCUCGCCUCAUGCCGCUGCCCCGUCCUCUCUUAUUGAAUGCUGAAGCAAUCCAAAGCAAGAGCACGUCUCAAUCUCUUAGAGGAAAUUUGUGGUUGAGGAAGGUUUUCCGUAGCCGGCUUCUGGAACUUUUAAAGUCUCAUACAGAGGGGAUCAUUUUAGAAGAUGCGCACAACAUGGAUUUUAUUCUGAACAUUGAUCUUAAUGUUGAUAUCAAGCUUUUGUGCAUGCCGGUUGGUAUAGUUGACGGUCGGUGGCAGACUGCACUUAUGAACCUUGACAGGGACGAAAAGGGUCAAUCGAGGGCUUUGCUGAAUUUCAAAAUACCAGCAGCCGCGGGCUGA